GCACGCCCAAUCGCGAAGAGGUAGCGCCGAGUUAACUUGGUCAAAAAUGUCGGUAGCAGUACAAUCAGCGAGAACUAUGCCACUCUUGAUACAGAUUCCACCAGCAAAUGAGGUGAGUUACUGUAUGAAGGAUCAGUAUAACCUACACUAAACUAACGGUUGACAGUGUCUAUACGGUUCGUAUGCAGUUUGUUCAAAUACAGAUAUACUUUUAAUAUAAUCGAGUAAAUUAGUGCAUGGUAUUUAAAUGGUUUUUCAAAACCAGCACAUGAAAUGUUCUUAUACUUCCCAUAAAUCCUGGGUUUGCUAUAGUAUUAGUUUUGGCGCGACGUGUGAUAUUUUCCGUUGAAAUCAUAUGCAAAUUUUUGCACAAUUAUUCAGUAUAGUUUUGUAAACAUUCGCUAGCAAAGUUACUGGUCGUUUUUCUAGGGGGGGAAGUACAAACGUAUAACAUAAUAACAUCGUGACAGAACGCCUUAACAUUCAAAUUGAUUUUCGGGAAAAGUAACGGGUUUAUUUUAAGCCAGCAUGCUUACGCUCGUAUGCAAAUUAUGGUUGUAUAUUUGUUACUGCAACAGUGCGUACCAAGUUGUAAUAUUCUACAUGGAUGUUUCAAAUUUGUUUGGCGGUUUCCAACAUCGGAAUACGAAAUUUUAAAACCACUUAAGGCCUGUUUAAACGGAUCCAACAUUGUUGGACCAACAUCAUCCAACAAUGUUACUAUAAUAGAUGUGACUGCUUCUCUUUCAAAUCUUUUUGGUUAGAUAAGCUUUACUCAAACUCUAAACCUAGUUUUGAUAAAAAUAUUUGAAAAAGAAGCCGUUUAAGCCAUUAUUUCAACAAUGUUGGAUGAUGUUGGCCCAACAAUGUUGGAUCCGUUUAAACAGGGCUUUAGAAUGUUUCUAAGAAGAUGAAAUCGUAAAUAUGGUGACCAAGGCCAAGCAUACCAUCAGGGCAGAGCCAAGGCGUUUACGGUUUUGGCACAACGUUAAAUGCCGAAAUAUUCAGCGGUGUCAUAUGCUAUGGUGUUGUAAUACAGAGUCUAUAGUUGCAUAUCACAUUCACUUAGACCUUAUGAUGGGAUAAUGAAAUGGAGACUAAAUAACCAGAUCAAUAAAUUAGUCGAUAUCCUCGAUACUUUUUAUGUAUUAUAUGAUAGUUAUAUAUAAUGAUACUUAUAUAGCUUCUACCAUAUUUGAUAUAAUUCAAAUUGUAAUGUACAAUUCAAAUUUGAUGAGGUAUUCAACCAGGAUACGUUUAUCUCGCAUCUUACUUGCCAAGGAAAAGCGUAAAACCUAACUGAACUUUGCGUCAAAGUGAAGGAUUUAAAAUUUUGCAUACCUUGUAUGCAAAUUUUUGCCCUUGAAAUUUUCAAACCGAUGAACAGUGUUCUGACUUUGACAGACUGUAGUGACAAUUUUAAAAUGGAUCUAUACCAUCAUAGCAUACGGUCAACGCUAUUCUGCACAAACUUUAAUGAUAAUUUGGGAAUUUGGGAAGAAAUCGUACUCAAGAAUGCAAAAUGCUAAUAUUGAACAAUGUUUGUAAGACGCUCUUAACGCUUCAAAGGUUUUGUAAUUAAACUUAUGUUUGUUCAAGCUUUUUGGGCAACAUUUUCCGCCCGUAACGCAAACUUUGAACGGUUUUGGAACAAAAUAUGAUCCCCAACAUUCACCUCAGAAGUGGGAAUUUUACUAAGCAAUAAUCAGAAAGAAAGGUCAUGCCGCAACGAUCAUUCCAGAUUGAAACGUGCCAAUUACACAACAGCAUGUUUUUGUCCGUGUUCAUCCAGCCUGAAGAGACAACAUGGUGACUCUAUUCAAAACGCAUACAAAAGUUACUUGGAGACAAACAUCAGUCCUUUAGAAUUUAAAGGAAAACUUGUUAUUAAAGAUAAUGAUGUUUAAAGUCCAGAUAUUUCGAGAUAUUUAUGGGAGGGGUUUAAUCUCCAAGUUAUUUAUAUGCUGAUAUCAAUUAACCAACUGUUAAGCCACUGUCUGCCUACAUGAACAACGAAAAUUUUCUUGGUCGAAGUAAGAAACGAAUUUGACAAACUGACGCAUCUUGAAAGACAUGUUUUCGCCUUUAAAAUUUUUCUAUGCACUUUCGAACAAGGCCUCGAUCCUCACAUGACACGUCACAUGACCUGGCUAUUGUCUAUGGUUUUCUGUUUCGCCGACAAAUUCAAUUAGCCAAUCAGGGAGAGCAAAACCAGGCUGGGAGUUAAAAGCCCUUGUGGAUUUAAAGACCACAACACAUCUACACAGCUCAGAUACGCAUGAAGUAUUUAUUAUUGCUGAAUGUAAUUAGUUUGGAAUUCGGUGUCUUUUGUUAGUCCACAACGCCGUAUAUUGGCCACCUCGAUCAACGAAGACCCCAUCACGUACGUUUUUUCGCCUUUCUAAUCCUAAAGGGUAAGAAAUUAUCUUCGCAGCUUUCACGCACGAGUCACUCCAGUCUCUAUCAUUCCCAAUAAUUGGCCACGUUCAGCAGCUCAUUUAAAAUUUUGAUUUAAAAUUUUGCAUACUUUGUAUGCAAAUUUUUGCCCUUGAAAUUUUCAAACCGAUGAACAGUGUUCUGACUUUGUUGCUCCCUAGAGGUCCAGUGAGGUUCACCCCUCAUCUGUCAAAAGGGAAACAAGGUACAAUGAUACUGCGCUGUUUUUUUGCGACUGAGAGAAAUUAUAAUCAGUGAACUGUAUGCUGCAGAAAUCCAACCCCAAUGGGAAAAGAAAAGGCGCAAACAUAUACAUUAACCACUCCGACAGCAUGCAGCAGCACCCUUGACCAGCACACAAAUGACUUGCUAAUCCUGCAGAAAUGAACAGUUGGCAAUAUAUUCCUUUUAGGAAAACGAGUUCUUUACUCAAAGUUUAAACUCGUUCAGUCAGCUUGGUGCGAAAGCCAUCAAUACCAUUCGUUCCAUUUCCACUUCGAUAACAUCGGCUGAAACCUACAACUUCACUAGUGAAGACCUGAAUAAACAUCUUUAUGGACGAAAGAAGGUGAAAGCUAUUGACAUCGAGAGAAUAUUAAGAAAGAGAAAGCUGUUGGACAUUGAGAACCCAUUAAAUAAGCGAUCUAGUAAGUACAACUUUAAAUCAAAUGAAAGGCUGGACCCGGUCGAUGAUCAUUCUGUAAUAGGAUCACAACAUAACCACUUAAAUUGAACUGCAUGGUAUUAUAUGGAUAUAUAUUACUAAUGUCCAUACCACGGGUUUUCAAGAGAUCUUCAUUGUGCAUGUUUUAUACUGUAUUUCAAGUGGUCUAUGGACUAUAAACAACAGUCAUAUGCUGUUGCAGAAUAUGCAAAUCUAGCAAUUCUGACACGGAAAUUAGGAAAUUAGAACCAAAUUGAAAGAAAAACAUUAAUGGAAGUUUUUUUGUUCAGACGUCAUUAACAUAAAUAGGAUGAAUUAUGAUGUAUCUAUCAUUUUCAGUCAAGCUAUUCUGUAAUCAGUCCUCAGUAAUUCAAAGGACAAAGACGGACAUUUGUUAUGAAACAAAUUAUAAUUUUUCAAAACAAAGAAAAUCUUUGUCAGGUUUUAUUCAACAUGGCGGCGAUAGCGGAAAGCAAAAACCGCAUGUUGCUGUUUGAAUGGAUGAACUGUGCAAUUCCUGCAUUCCUCAAGAGCAAAGGCCCGUUUACACUUACAAUUUUUACUGCGAUUUUCUUUUUCUAAUGGAUGUGAACGAGUGAAUGAGUUAUGAAUGUUUAGAUAAGGGUACAUACACUCAGAACAUUCAUAACUCAUGUACUCGUUCACAUACAGCAGAAGAAAAUCGCACUAUACAAAUCGCAGCAAAACGUGCAAGUGUAAACAGGCCUUAAGAGGAAAAAUCCUCAACCACAAAAUUGUAUGCAUUAUAGAUAGCAACAAAAGAGAUGUUGUUUAGCAAUAUUUUCUGGGUUAACAUCUCAAGCAUGCUUAUAUAAUCAACAUUUUAUUGACUAUAGGAAUACUGAGUAUUGAAGACAACGAUGAGUUGGAUGAUAUUGAAAUGACAUAUUCCAUAAUGUCUUUCCCAAAUGACGUUCAACUAUGUCUAUCCAGCAUUCCUGGACAUAAGCUUGGUGUCUGUACAAAGGAAUACAUACCAGCAGGAACAUGGAUUGGACCGUACGAGGGCAAGCGAGUUCCUAAAGGAAUGUUACCACGAGAAACUCUUGACUCGGGCUUCUGUUGGGAGGUGAGAUCUAUCGGACAGUUUAUUUUCCACGAGGGAUAAGAAACUAAUUUGGGACAAUCACAACUGUGCUUUUCUCUUGGGGUACUUUUUCAGCGAUGUUGAUAAGUAAAAUGCAAAUUAGAUUGAUACAUUGUUACGUUUCAUCAAGCUCUAGUUCAGUGCACGAGCAUUUAAACAAAGAAUCUCAUUCUUGGACCUCCAUUUGCCUUUUUGUUCAAGUCUCGUGAGAUUCCUUGAAAGCCACCUAUUGCCAAAUUUUAGUCUUAAAAUCCUAAAUUGAAUGCAUCUAAUUCCUAGCCUGUGGUUUCCACAACCUGACGACCAUCACAUGGAACUUAUAUUCUCGUUACAUCUUUCCUAUUAGAUUUACAAAGAUGGCAAACUGGAUCACUUCCUUGACGGCUCAGAUGACAACUCGUCCAGCUGGAUGCGAUACAUAAGAUGCGCACGCAACCGUUUUGAACAAAACAUGCACCUGGUCCAGUAUGGUCCAAAUAUCUACUACCGCUCGUUCAAAGAUAUUAAGCCUGGGGAAGAGUUAUUGGUGUGGUACGAGAGUCAAUAUGAGCAAUAUUUUGGGAUUCCUAUGUUCAUUAAACUAUCCAGUUUUGGUAACAAGCCAACAUCUGUAAAUCAAGGUAAAUACAGAUGAAUAUAGAUUAAAACUGGAAAUUUUCUCAAAAUCCUUACUACAGUAUAUGGAAAUAGUAUGGAUCCUACUUGGAAAUCUGAUAUCCAUACUACUUGCAAUUUCCAUACUGAUAUAUUAUGGAUAUAGCAUGCAUAUACUGUGGAUUUAGUGAUGCAAUCCCAAAUUCCAUAGUAUGGAUUACACUAUUUUUCCAGUGAUAUAAUUCUGAUAAGUUAUCAAAAGUAGUGUAGUGUCGAGCUCGCUUAACAGAGCUGACCAAUUUGUUCACCGACUGUAACCAUCCAUUGACCAAUAAAAAAAUAAGUGCUACAAGAGAAAGUGUUUUCACUUUACAUUCCCCGAAAAGUUUGCAAUAUUUCUCAUCCCUGAGGAUCUGUGAAUUACCACACUAUGGUGACAACAUAUCCGCUAUCUGUACCAAGUAGACGCAAAAACGAAACCGUAAUGAAAUAUGUACACAAUGCAGAUAUUAAAUCCCAUUUCUUUUUUUCAGUUGCAGGAGUCCAACAGAACAUCACAGCAAAACAUCCCGAUCACCUCAGACAAGCCGGCUCACCUGCAUACCUGACGAAACAUAAUGGUCUUACACUACCACGUCAAUUCCCACCUGAAGUGAGUCAAACAUUCACCUCGAGUAUUCACUACAGCGACUGGGGUAGACAAGUCUCAUCCGAAAGCAGUUCACCACCACUCUCGGCAUCACCCGUCGCGUCUCCGACUGACGACCGUUCGCCGACGCACGCCAACGUACUGGAAGACAGAGAGAUUGGAGUCUGGAAAUGCGGUCAAUGUCAAGAGCGGUUUACACAACGUUCAGCACUAAGACUUCAUGUAUGCCCAAGUCAAGCAAACAACCCAUUCCAAUGUGGUCACUGUAGUUUGUCGUUUGCUGACCCAACAAAGCUGCGGGCUCAUGUGGUAACCCACAACAACGAACGGCCGUUUAAAUGUGGUUUCUGCUCGCGCACGUUUGCUGGGGCAACGACGCUGAACAACCAUGUGCGGACCCACACAGGACAGAAGCCGUUCACGUGCGAGAAAUGUGGCAAGAGUUUCUCCCAAGCCUCUCAAAUGAGCCGACAUCAGCGUCUCGCUGAAGACUGCCAGUGAAUAAAGCGGGGAAAUAAACACAUCAGAACUUUGACAAAACUGAAAUCAGCAAAAAUAAACUUGAUAAUUUUACACAACUUCUGAAUAACUUAUAUAUUGCAUAAACACAUCAGAACUUUAGCAAAACUGAAAUCAGCAAAAAUAAACUUGACAAUUUACACAACUUCUGAAUAACUUGUAUAUUGCACGAUAUUUUGAUUCGAAACCAUUGUAAUGAACAUGUAGAUAGUACAUCAAUUGUAAAUAGCGCGUACAUAGUAUUGUAAAUGAACAGUGAAAGUAUUGUCCUUUUCACAGAAUCCCAGGACCGUACGCAAGAAUUUUCACCAGGGGGCAGUGAUACCUAUAUGCUGAAAUAAGUACCCAAAAUAAGUAAUAAAGUAACGUGUGAAAUAAGUAAGCCAUAUCAGUUUGAUGUAUGCUUAUGGCCGCCCCAUACAGAAUCAUACAUUCUGAUUUACAAGAUUACAGGAGCUAUUUUGCCUAAUUAUUCAUAAAAACAUUAUAAAAUUAGUAAGUUAAAUUUUCCCUGGGGGGAGGGGGCAGUUGCCUGUGGUGCCUCCCCCCCCCCCCCGGGUACGGCCUCGUAGAAUCCUACAAACACUCUCGAGUUAGACAAACCUCGGGAAAUAUCACAACAUAAAGCCCAACAGGGAAAUUAUAUGAACUGUUAUAGAAAUCAGCAGCAAUAUAAACUUGAAAUGUAAAUAACGGAAGUGAUGUAAAUGAACAGUUAAACAAAUUAGAUUUUAGUAGUAUGAUAAUCAAAACUCUGAAGAUUAUCAAUGUAGCAAUAGAUUAUGCUUUGAAAUAUUGUGUAGAUAGCAAAUUACAUAGCCGCACAUUCAUGUAAUUGAAAGUGUUCAAAUAUUAUGUACCACAAUUGAUGAAAUAAAAGUACAAACGCAGUU